AUGUCAGGAAGUUCGGAGAUUUGCUUGAAGGCUGCGGGGCCUUGCGAACACACGAGUCAGCCUCGAGCUCAUAAACUUACGGACGCUGCCGAAGCCACGCAGAGGAUGGUUGAUGAACUGCAUGCCAUGCUCGGUGCCAGCGUCAGCGAAAAGGUCGAUAAAUUUGACCAUUCCUUCGUAUUUUGGUGGAACCGCCGAAUAUAUCAAGAUCGGGGUUACCGCAUUAGGGAACCAGAAAAUGAUGUCUCCGCCGUAACAGCGCAGUGCAGGGAGGAAGGGAAGACUUGA